CUAAAGAUUGUGUAUUCUAUUCUCAGAUUCCAAGCCUUUGAAAAAUGUACAUAAAUCAAACAUUUAUUGACUAUUUCAUCAUUAAAGGGAUAUCAGAUGACCCUCACCUUCAGCUUCCCAUCUUCCUUGUGGUUCUUGUCAUUUAUCUCAUCACCCUGUGUGGUAACCUAACCAUUCUUAUUGCUUGCCGGGACUCCCAGCUCCAUAAGCCAAUGUACUUCUUCCUAGGAAACUUGUCUAUAGUAGACAUCAUGUGCACUACAGUGACGCUUCAUAAGAUACUCAUGAAUUUUAUCACUGGUUACAAGGUGGUCUCCUUUGUGGCCUGCAUGGCACAGAUGUAUAUGUUUGGUGCCUUGCAGUGUGCUGAGCUGGUCACACUUACAGCUAUGAGUUAUGAUCGAUAUGUGGCCAUCUGUAAACCUCUGCAUUAUCACAUUAUUAUGAAUCCAAGAACAUAUGUUUUGUUGGCUGCUUUCUGCUGGUUGUUUGCAUUUUUGGAAGUCAUUCCCCCAGCCUGGGUAGUAUGCAGUUAUUCUUGCUAUAGAACUAUUGAAGUCAACCACUUCUUUUGUGACAUUGUCCCUUUGAUGCAGAUUUCUUGCAAUGACACUAGACUAUUGGAAAUCCUGUUCUUAGCAGAAGGAUUGGGUCCCAUGAUUGUCACCCCAUUCCUUCUCACAUGUGUUUCUUAUGUUUUCAUUAUAGUUGCAAUAUUGAAGAUUCCUUCUAGUACUGGCCGACAAAAGGCUUUCUACACAUGUUCCUCCCACCUAACAGUUGUCACACUGCUGUACACUACAUUAUUUAGCCAAUAUCUGACACCAAACCUAAGCAGCACCUUGGAUGGCAAAAAAAUGUUUGCUCUUUUUAACACAGCUUGUGUUCCGAUGCUUAAUCCACUGAUCUAUAGCUUAAAAAAUAAAGAAGUCAAGGCAGCUCUCAGGAGAAGCCAAGUAAAAAUUAAAAUGAACCUUUAGAACGUUUUUAGUGUUUACAAAAACCUCCAUUAUAAGUGGAGCUCUCCACAGACUGGAAAUCUUUCCUACUCCUGGCACAGCCAGCCUUCUGGUGUCAUCUGUUGAGCCUCUCAAUAUAUGGUUUUUGCUUCUGCAAAUUGACUUGAACUACUUUAUAGCUACUGUAUAAGCGUUUCAAACUGAG